UCCUUGCCGAUAUGACUUAUUACCGUUGCAUUUAUCACUGUUGUGGAAUUUUGGUGUAUUUUAGAUUGUAUAGGAGUGUUAUUAAGUCCGAACUUAGGUCAGCAGCGGUAACCUGUUGAACUUUAUGGCAUAUCUUGAAACGCCAAAGGCCUGCAUCAAAACAACAUUUCAGUUUGAGGAAUACAUGCGUUCUACAAAUAAACUGCCCAGUUCUUCAUUUACAUUCGUAAUUAUAUCUUACAGAACGCAUUUUCUUAUGUGAAAACAAAGUGGGCAUCUAAGGUGUUCCGUAAUUUUCUCGUUACGUAGUAGCCUAUGCCUUAAAAUGAUGCCAUUUUGUCAGUACCGCAUAAAACUCUGCCUUGUCGUCUACUGACAUUCACACACUGUGUGUAUGGAAUGUAAUGCUUUCGUAGCUGCAGUUGCGGUUAUGAUCAGACGUUAAGCAGUGUGCUUGCAAGGAAAAAGUGCCACGUUACAAAACGCUUUAGAGCACUUACUAUACUUCCAGUAAUUGUUUGUGUAAACAAUGGUUGCAAUAUAGGGUGAAAUUUGCACUAGAGUGCAUGUCUUAACGAAUGAACGAUAAUUACUUUACGUUGCGUCGUAUGUAGACCUGUUCAAGACGUCAUAAGUAAUCCAUCGAUAGAUAAAGUGAUGAUGCUUCACGACAGGAAACUACACAGAAGUAGGUCGUCAGAAGCACAGCUAGUGUAAUAGGUGCCAACACUUUUUUUAAAUACCAGCUGGUAACCGGUAUUUCCAUAUCGUACGUCCUUGUCUUUUGUGGCCAAUUUCAGCCGUUCCUGGGGUUAGUUUAUGCGAAGUUCUUGCAAUGUCUUAUACAUGCAGUGGAUAGCCUUGUACAUACGUCCUAAUGCUGCCGACAAGACUCAAAUUUUGCCCAGCGUUUCCAGUUUAGUUGACUAUAUUAGUUCGUUUAGUAUAAUUUUCUGUUGUAUUUUUCUUUCUCCUCACUACCUCAUUCUUGAGGUUGUACUUGUAACUGAUUAAUAAAAUUCUUUUCCGGGCUAUUAUGCCGUGGUCUGAUGGAUUUCGCAUUGUAAACCAACGUUUCGUCCCCAUCUGCGGAGCACGCGAAAACAAAAAUUUGCUGCAGUCAGUAGUGAGACAGUGUGUGUUUCGGAGGUUAACAGAAGCCACGAACCCCCUUGAAGAUGUCCUCCGCAGAUGGGGACGAAACGUUGGUUUACAAUGCGAAAUCCAUCAGACCCCGGCAUAAUAGCCCGGAAAAGAAUUUUAUUAAUCAUGACAAUUCCGGCCGUGAAAGUUUACAUUUUACAAUUGUACUUGUAACUGUGUUUUUAUUACGUAAAUUUGAUCAGAGUAUUUCCAGUGUGGGACCUAUUUGUUAAUGGCUGUGUUGUUUAUACAUAAUAUUUUAAUUUCAUCCAUUGGAGGUCAGAAUUAAACAGUGGGUAGUCUCCAAAAGUGUAAUGGGUACAUUUUUUACGAUAAUGAAACAAUAGAGUUGAUGCUGCAUGUGUCAUAGGUAGUUGUUUUAUAGAAAGUUUCGUUUUGUGCGUAUAAGGCAUCAGUUUUUCUAGCAAGAUUGUUGGUUCAUUGAAAAAUUAGUUUUCUUUAUGUGGUACUUAACAGGUAGUCAUUCCUACUGCUAGUAAAAAACGGGGCUGUGUUGAGUCAGCAAGCGUACCUACUUAUUGUAGGACUGUUGUUUGCCUGUCCUAAGGUACUAGCCUGUUCAUUGAUGAUUUAACUGGGAGGAGACUGAUGCAAAUGUUGUUGACAGUGCACUGCAAUUUUAGUCUGUGUGAUUUAUUUUCCAUGUUCAUCUUACAGCAAAAUGAUUAAAAAAUUAGUUUUUCUCAUAUUGUUUCUGGUUCUCUUUAUUCUGAAUCCUUUGUUUUUUGUUUAUAUUUAUAUUUUACUGUACAAAUAGCAACAGCAUGAGUAAACAUUGUGGUGAGUGUGGGGUAGUGGACAAUACUGCCACCAUCCCACUUGCGAAACUUACGGCGGCGGUGAUACUGAUGUGUAGCAUAGCCUGGUGAAGCAGUAUAGCCUUAAGUCUGUGUGUUUGGAUGAGGGAGAUUAUUUGGCUGAGAGUUAACAAAUGUCAGUGUGAAAUUAAUGAAGUAACUGAAAGUGUUCUGGGCCGCACAUUCGUGGGUGCGGCAUGUGAAUUUAUCUUCUCUCUCCUGUGCCAGAACAGAGCCGGUACACCAUGAACAAAAAGUUGUUCGCAGCCAUGAUGCGGCGGCGGGUGUCGUGCCCGCAGGUGACGCAGCAGCUGUGGGAUGCCAUCGCCACGAUCCGCGCCCAGCGCCAGGUGCCCAACAUGGACCGCAUUUCGCGGUACAUGUCGCGCGUCCACCAGAUCAACGAAGAUGAGGUGCGCAGGCAGCUGAAUCACUGCGUGCGCGACAACCUGAUCCGCAUGAUCAAGCGCAUCGGCUGCAAGGGGUCCAAGAUUGGGAUUGAGCAGGAGGGCUAUGCUCUUCCAAAGGAAGGGGUGAAGGACGACGGGCACGACUGGUACUGCUUCUCGUGCCACCGCGGCGGCGACGUCAUCUGCUGCACGUCGUGCCACCGCGUCUACCACCUGGCGUGCCUGGCUCGCGGCGAGCUGCCGGACGAGGACGUCAAGAACACCUUCGUCUGCUCCGUCUGCAAGGACAUGGGGGUGGAGCGAGAUGACAAGAACCGCAUGAAGCGGAGCCAGCUUAACCACCUCCUGAGCUUCACCUGCAGCCGACUGCGUGAGCGGCUCCCGGCGAACCUCUGCGACCGCACGGCAGCGCCACCUCCGCGGAACCCGUACUCGAUCCCCGAGCGCACGUCGGCAAUCGUGCACCACCACCCGGCGGGGUCGCUGCCGGUGGCCCGGACGGACGUGCAGGGGCAGUCGGAGCGGUGGCGCGCCGCCUUCCUCAUUUACCGUCCCAUGGACCUCAAGACGAUGGAGCACAAGGCCAGCGAGGGCAAGUACCGCCUGCUCGAGGAGUUUCGUGCCGACGCCAUGACCAUCGUGCACAACGUCGUCAUCUACCACGGGGUGCACAGCAGCCUGGCAGACAUGGCGCGGCAGAUGCUGCGGGACUGCGUCUACGACCUGACGGAGAUCCGGCAGUGCCGCGACUGCUACCGGGUCUCCAACGAGAAGAAGGACAAGCACUGGUUCUGCGAGCCCUGCCGUCCGCCCCACCAGCUUGUCUACGCCAAGCAGAAGGGCUUUCCGUACUGGCCGGCUAAGGUGAUCAAGGUGGAGGGCGACCAGUACGACGUGCGCUUCUUCGGCGGGCAGCACCAGCGCGCGCACAUCGAGAAGGUCCACAUCCGGCCCAUCUCCGUCAACAUACACACCUUGCAGGUGACAUCCCCAAACACUCUCGCUAUGGUGAAGCGCACGUCGUCGUGGAACAAGGCGUGCGAGGAGCUGCGCCGCCACCAGGAGCUGCUGAAGAAGCUGGAGAGCAAGGGGCGGCAGGCGUCGUCGAGCGAGGACGAGGACGACGACGAAGACGAGGAGGAGGAGUCGAGCGAGGAGGACGAUGAUUCCGAGACAAAAUCCCCACCACCGAAGAAACGCGGUCGGGGCCGCCCCCCGAAGAACCCCGCGACGGUAGCGGCGGCCGAGGCGAAGAAACUGCAGCGGGCACCUAGGAAGGUGGGGCGGCCAAGGAAGGUGGUGAAGGAGGAGGAAGUGAAAGAGGAGAGUGACGACGACGAAGACGAGGAAGAGGAGGAGCAGGAGGAGGAGGAAGACGAUGACGAUGAAGACGAGGACGAAUCGGAAGAGGAGGUGGUGGUGCCCGCCAAGCGACAGUCUGCUCCGGCAGCUGGCACCCGCAGGAAGACGACCACGGCACUCGCUGCUGCAGCAGAUAAGGCAGACAAGCGCGUGUCGGCUCCCGCGCGUGUCCCCGUGGCGGUGUCCGAAGACGAGGAGCACGCGCCACGCACGCCGGGCUCUGCCACGCCUCCCGCCGAGGCCGAACCGCCGCCGGCCGCGGCCGCCGCCACCGCUGCCGUCCCCGCGUCGGCCGCGGCCGCGCUCUCAGAGGGCGGCGACAGCUCCAUAUCGUCCACCAGCAAGGUCAAGGCGGAGGUCAAGGUGCGCGAGGAGGAGGAGAUGGUGUCCUCGUCGUGCCAGGAGCCGCUGAGCACCGAGACGGUGGGCGUGCAGACGCCGCCGCGGCUGGUGCGCGACAUGCAGCAGCGCAUGCUCAAGGAGCUUGAGAAGACGCACGCAGACGCCCUCGCCAGGGUGAGGGCGGAGCUGGAGCUGGAGCGCCAGCGCGCCGUGCGGCAGCUGGAGGAGAAGCACGCCGAGGAGCUGCGCGCUCUGGAGGCGCGCCACAAGCAGCAGGUGUCGGAGGUGAAGCGCAAGCAGUGGUGCUACAAUUGCGAGAGCGAGGCCAUCUACCACUGCUGCUGGAACACGGCGUACUGCAGCAUCGACUGUCAGCAGCUGCACUGGCAGAAGGAGCACAAGCGCUUCUGCCGCCGCAAGCGCUAGACCGCUGCCCAGGUGCACGGCGGGCCUGACGCGUCGCCACAGACACUGCUGCAGCUGCUCCGUGUAGUGUGCUCCGGCUGCGGCCGGGCUAGCGGCGCGCUGGGGAAGGACUUGCGACCAGUGUGUGCCGACACUGUGCUCGUACAGAGUGUCGAGAAGGGAGUCCGUUUCGGCAGGCGACGUGGCGGUGCGCCACGCUCGGGAGCAGUUAGUGUUACGUAAAUUUUUAUUACAAUAUUUCCUCGUAACAGGGUGCACAGACUCUGUAGAUUGUCAGAGUGACAAAUUCUGCCGCAUCGGCUGCCGGCGGGUGGGUUGAAGUUUCGGUUUAUUUUGUUUUUGUUACUCUACAUUUCGGUUAGUAGAGGGUCGGCCAUACGUCACUGUCGAUAUAGAACUACAGUGAAAGAGCGUGUAUUUUAAUCAUUCUGUGACUUAGGAAUUGGUCAGACUUGAGUCCAAGUUUCUCAGUUUUGGUUAGUUAUUUUUAUUAUUUGUGUACAGGUCCUGUUGGACCACAGAGUGCAGGUUUCUUUUCCCGUGUUGUCCAGCAUUUCACCUUUUGGCUGAACAGUUUUGUGGUUACUUCUUCCAUUGCUUCUGUCUGGGCUCUACCGAGGUCCUCUUCAGAUUGUCAGAGCUGCAGUAUAUUCUUUAAUCCACCUGUACAAGCGAUAUUCUACGUGGACCUUUGAAAAUGUUUCUCGAAGACAGAAGGGAGGGUGCCCGUAUCUCGGCAGCUGGUUUGGCGGAACGUUACCGAUCUGAUAGUUAUUACAGCUCGUCUGAGACCGAACGACACUGUAACCGCAAUUUCUUGCUAGUUUCACAUAUUUUGUAAACCGUUGUGCAGAUUUCUUCUCGCGAAGUGGGUACGUCUUGUAAGUUAUAAGUACUGCUAACAGGACGUUUUUCAAUUCCACCGAGUGAUUGUGUGGAGCCCAGGUGUGUCGUUAUACAGACCGUUAGUCACAGCUGUACAGAAAAAAUUGAAAUUGUGAAAUUGAAUAUGCUUCUUUUCUGGCCAAGGAUGGUGUGGAAAAUAGUAGCAGAUUGUUUACAAAUGACUCAGUUGUACGGGUACCAAACGAGAGAAACAGGAUUUUCCUAGAGUUUUGCGGUGAGCUCGCCCUUCGCUCAUUUCUGCUUUCUGUCUCCACUGUAUAAGUUACGUCUGUAGUAAUGUAAAUAACACGGUCCCGUUUGACACAGUAGGAAAUUUAAACUGCUGUCAAUUAAUUACCUUUAUUUGUGCAGAUUUAGUAAAAUGGCACUUGUUACGUUCUGUGACGUACUGCUCUGAGUGAACUGAUGUUGUGGUAUGUCUGUUGUUGUUAUGUUGAAAAUGCAUUCUGCACACCACCUCUUUGUACAUUUUGUCUGUGUGAGUUGGAAAGAUAGGAAGAGGACACUUCGGCUCCUUUGUCUGUUCACCCGUCAUUCACUAUUCUCCUUAUAAAACUGAGACCUUUUUUUCCUUCCACACGAUAGCCGACCAGCUCUACGAGCCUGCGACGUGACCCAAAGUUUCCGUACUGCAACUUUUUUUUUGUGUCUAGAACUUGCAACAGUCUUGUCACAGUACACGUGUAGGGCAUUCCUUACAUUUAUAAAUCUAGUUUCCUUGUAGCAACUCAUCCUUCACUGUUUACCUAUGUGAGCCAGUUGUGACUGUGUCUUGAAUUUAAAACUGUGAGUGACAGUUAUACAUGGUCAACAUGUAGCCACUGACAUUUAAAGUGAAGUGUUGUUGUAUUACAGGAAGAUAUUUUGUUUGGACAGUGGGCAAGCCCAGGUGUUUAUAACAAUAAUUAUUGUAUUUCAAAAAGAAACUAUAAAGUCAAUAAGCAGCGUAAUUUUUUUAUAUUAGUCAGGUGUUUUUUUUCCCCCCAAAGAACACGCACCUGUGUGUAUCGAUUUGUGCUCUCUCGUAUAAGACACUCUCCACCGCACAUCCGGGACGAGUCUGUCCCCCAGAGCAGAGGUCGGUGCAUCCCGGCAAGGUGCCGUUUCGGAGGGAUGCCUCGGAGGUGCGGGGGUCCAAUUGAAUCUGUGUAGAUAUUUAUGUAAGUGCGAACUCGUGAAUGUGUAUAUUUAUAUUUUUUGAAGCGAUGUUUGAAAGGAAGAAAGGAGAAGAAUUAGUGUUUGCUUAAGAGCAACAAUUGUUGUUGCCCCGAGAAUGUGACAAUUAUGUGAUGGACAGUGUCACUGUUAUUUUUGAAGUUCUAUUUUGCUUGGCCAGACAGUGAGAUUUGUGGGUGUUGUCUCCAUUAGGUCAGAUGAUGUCGGUGCUGUUAUGCCAUGUGGGGCAGUUGUCCGAAAUGGGUGGUACCAGAUUGUGUUGUGUAGCUAUAAUCAUCACUUCAUAUUAUUAUUAUUAUUAUUAUUAUUAUUAUGGUGAUGAUGAUGAUAAAUAUAGUAGUCCUGUCAAAAAGUUUCCCUAACGAGGUUUUUCCUCCAUUUUCAGUUUGUGUACUGCCUCAUCAUUAACAUUCAUCUUUCCAUUCUUAAAUAAACAACAUGACUGUUCGUACGUGGCACGAAUUUUAUGAUGUAAUGUUAACUGCAUUGAAAUCCUUUGCUACUAAGAGCAGUAUUACAUAGCAGAUUUCACAUUCGGCAGUAUUUUAAAUUGCAGCGGUCAUUUUGAAAGGCUACUGUUAGCGAAUAAUAAGCGACUUGCCUUUCUCACUGUUGCAGCAUAACACACUUCACCAAAACAGAGGUUAUUUUCUGGAUAUUCCUUGUUAGUAGAACAUCACAGGCAGGAGAGGUAGCAGUGAACGGGUUGUGAGGUUAUGGGUUAUUAGUAAAAGUUGUAUGAAAACUAUGAAGAGGAGACAAAUGGUAAUUGAAAUGCAAACUUGUUUCUGCCGUAUAUACUCAUCUACUUCGCUUCCAUUCUGUUGUAAACUGCUUUUUAAAUGUGGUCCUGUGGUGUUUUUUCAAAGCAUGUGUCAUUGUUAUUAUUAUUAUUAUUAUUAUUAUUAUUAUUAUUACUUCUUAAUCUCUUUAAUGAUGAUGAUCUGGAACCAUGUAACUACUUUCUUUGUCGUUUCCUAUUUCCCCAGUACUCCUUCAUCUUCUGUAUCUUGACUUCUUAAUACAGUCUUUUGCCCAUAUUGUUCUUUUUUCUCAUAUCUUCUGCCUUGAAAGCCUUCUAAAUUUACUAUGUUAAUCUUAAAAAAAGUUUCCCACUGUUAUUUGCGAACUGUGAUGUUUUUUGUUGUUCUUCUCUCCUUUCUGUAAUUAUGCUAUUGUUGUUCCUUUUUCCAUAAAUACAUCAAUAUUUUGUUUCAUUAGCCAGUUCUCGUUUAUAUGGUAGAAGUGUCCAAAAAAGUUAAUUUUUGCUUUGCCAUUACUUCUCAUUUUCCAGCCAUUUGUAAUUUAAAUUGCACUCAUUACUUUUCUAAUUAUCAGUCUUUCAAGUACCUCUCUUCUUUCCUUCCUAUAGUUCAUCAUUAUCAUUCGUGUGUAUAUGUUAUUUCCAUUUUAUGAGGUUGUAGCAUCUAUUGCAAAUUUUUCUAGCCCAUUCUGCUGUAGUUUCUCCAAGAUAUUUAAAUUAAAUAUUUCUCUUUAUUUUACCUGUCUGUUUUUCUGUGUACUUUGGUGCAUUUGUUGUAAUUGUCAUGAAUUUGGCUUAUUCUGUUGAAAUUUUGGAAUGACUCUUAUUAGCUAUUUUUUCCCAGAAGAUUUAUUUGAGAAACUGUUUCUGUCAGAUUUUCUGAAAGUAUUGCAAAAUUGUCUGUAAAAAGAUUAAUUCUCUUGGUUCCAUUUCUUUUUUUUCUCAGAAUUAUUGAUCCAGUUUUGUCCUUUCUCUCUCUCUCUCUCUCUCUCUCUCUCUCUCUCUCUCUCUCUCUCUCUC